AUGAUGAAUACAAUAAUAGAUAAAUUUAAUAUUGAAUGUAUUACUUAUUUAAAUAGUCGUUUAUUUGAAAUAUUAUCAAUAUUAAUUGAUAAAAAAAUAUUUGAACAUUAUUUAAAUGAAUAUAAACAAUGUUUAGAUGAACAAAUGAAUUUUAUUCAUUAUAUUAAUGAACAAAUUGAAUCAUUAAAUUUUUUAAAAUUUUAUGAAAUUUCUAUUGAUAAAUUUCUUGAACGUUUAAAAUUUAUACAUGAAUAUGAAUUAAAACAAAAUGAAAUAUUUGAACAAAUUUUACAUGAAUUAACUAAUAUAAAUUCUUCAAAUAAAGAAAAACGUCAACAACUUCUAGAAAAAAUUGAUGAACUUAUUACUUAUAAAAUUAAAUUGAUCAACACUGAUAAAACAAUAAAUGAUACAUUCAAAAAAUAUUCAUAA